AUGAUGAGAUUUCUUAAUUAUGUUUUGAUUUCAUUUUUGCUAAAAUAUAACUACGCAGCAAUAUUAGUUUGUGAAUAUAAACGUGAGUUGUCUGAUUAUGGAAGUGCUUAUACGUGUGAUGCUCAAAACUUUCAAGAUAGCUUCGAGAACAGAAAUGUGACGAGUGCUCAAGGCAACCAUGAAGCUGAUAAUUCUGAUGAAUUUGUGACAAAGCUUUUCAUGAAAAAGCAAUUUUGUCCAUAUCUUCCUUUGAACACCGGUUCAAUUUUCCCAAACCUCGAAAUUUUUUAUAUCAUGAAUUCAAAUGUUAAACAUUUACUAAAAGGUGAUCUUGAUGGGUUGAAUAAGCUGAGAACAUUUGACGUUUCACACAAUCCAAUUGAAGUGUUGCAAGCUGAUUUCUUUAAGGGUCACGACACUAUCGAAAUAAUUUCAUUCUAUGAUUGUCAUCUGAAAUUAAUUGAUCAUAAUGCAUUAAAUUCAUUACCAAAGCUUAGAAAAGCCUAUUUCAAUUAUAAUGUUUGCAUUGAUUAUCAAGCUGACGACGAAGACAUGAUUGAAUCUUUAGCAGAAAGAUUUAGCUAUAAUUGUGAAGACAAUGAUCAUCAAAUUUUUCACUCUGGAAAAAAUGACAAAAGUCACCUAAAAGAAGACAAGAAAGCAGUGCACGUUGAAGACAAAUUGCCUUUUGUUAAAAGUAAUGCUUACUGGAUACUCUUCUUUCUUCUUUUGAUUAUCAUUUUGUUAUCAUUAAUUUUACUAAAAACUGUUACGACAAAAUUUGGAAGCAAUUGGAUUGAAUUCAAGAAUCACUUAAUAUCAGGACAAUCAUGA